CUUGACUUCCUCCUCCACAUUCUCCAAUGUCAACGAACAAAGCUGCGGAAAGGAAUCAAAAGAUCCUGUCAGAACUGGCUAUGAGGCCGGGAAAUGAUGUUUGUGCGGAUUGCAAGGCUAGAAAUCCAAGAUGGGCGUCCCAUAACCUUGGCAUCUUCCUUUGGUGGGAUAACUUCACUUUUAGGAUAUCAGACGCUGUCAAAUACUUACCACAGCUGGGUGUUUGAUUAGCGUCACUUGUGCCAGUAUUCAUCGAAAAAUUGGAACACAUGUAACCAAAGUGAAGAGCAUAACCAUGGAUACGUGGACGAAAGAACAAGUCGAUCGAAUGAGCGAGAUGGGAAAUAUCAAAUCAAAUGCUUUGUAUUGUCCCAAUGAACUACGGCAUCCUCCACCACACAUGUUGAUGGCAGACGAGAGGGACAGCGAGCUCGAGCAGUAUAUACGGUCAAAAUACGAAUACAAACGCUUCAUAGCCAGAACCACGGCAUCAUCGAACCCUGGCUCUUCCACUCUUCGUUCACAAUCUACGCCCCUCGAGAAAGCAGAUAAAAUACCUUCAUCGUUGUCGUCCAGUUCUGGUGCCGCUCGACCUUCUACAACCGCCAUUCCAUCAAACUCUUCUUCAAUACAGAGUCGGUCAUUUUCUCAACCCAUGAAUGCUGCUGGAUCCACUGCACAAUCUCAUCAUAUUUCCCAACCAUUAACGCAGCAGCAGCUGCCUGCUCGGACACAGUCGCUCGCCCAAUCCCCAACAAUAUCGCCAGAGAUGGCCAAGGGCGGAGUGUGGAAUGAUUUGAUCUCAUUACAAACUCCAUCGAAUAAUUCCUCCCUUCCACUUCAGUACCAACAACAACAACCUCCGUUUGGUGUUUCUAAUACGCACAUGGUGGCAACACCUCUCGGAAUGAAUGAUCAUAACCCUUUUCCAACGAUGAAUGGCUUUCCAAGUGGUCCGGGUGCCAUGGCUGGAAACCCGACUGGUAUAGGAAUGUCUUCGAUACCAUCGGGUAUGUAUCUUAACCCCAAUACCGGGUUUGGAAUGCCCUCUGCGAAUACCUUUCAGCAAUCAUCACAAUAUCCGAUGCCUAACACAUUUUCGCAAGGUUUUGGUGCCACGGGAUUCAACCCAAUGGCUCAACAGCAGCAGCAACAACAACAGACGUUAUUCGCCAGUCAACCACAGGUCCAAUCACCGCAACCCAUGUCAGCACCACAGGGGACGCAAGGGCCCAGUCAGUUUAAUAUGAUGGCACCACAGGGACAUAGCCCUCAGCCUAUCAUGUCCUCCACAACACCCCAGCUCCAAGGGCAGUUUAUGUCACCUAGUCCGCAACUCCAACAGCCCUCUCAAUUCGCCCAGCAAGGUCUCGGUGGGAUGGGCAUGGGAGGAAUGGGAUAUGUUCAACAGCAGCAGCAGAUGUUUGCGGGAGGUAAUACUGCGUGGGCGCAGCCUCAGGGGAACUUUGGCCAGACCUGGGGACCGAUGUGAAGGAGACUUUUGUUCUGGUCUGGCACCCUUGGGACUCUUGUUUUAUACCACAAUCAGGACUUCAUCUACUUUUUUUGUUGCUUGUAUACUAUGAUCGGUUUACUGUACGCUACUGGCAACGAGAUAUUCAUGAU